AUGCUGUCUUCACUCUCAAACAUCUUCCUCGUCUGCUCAAUCCUCUUUCGUAACGCUAUAGCCGCACCGACAUUGAUCGCAGACCGAUACACCAUCAAAGAGCGCCAUGAUGUACCUCAAGACUGGGACAGGAUAGGUGCCGUGCCGGAUUCCCAUACGAUCAAUCUCCAUGUCGGCCUUAGACAAAACAACCAAGACAAAGUCGAGAGGCAUGUACUAGAGGCCUCAAAUCCAUCUCAUUCAAGCUAUGGCCAGCACUUGUCUGCCAGAGAGAUUCAAAAGCUCAUUUCACCUUCAGACGAUACUGUUCAGGUGGUUUUCUCCUGGUUAACCGAACACGGAAUCACAAAUGCGAAACUUAGCUCCUCCCGAGAUUGGAUUACCGCAAGUGUACCUGUUCGAAGCGUCGAACGGCUUCUGAAUACUACCUACUCCGUGUAUCAGCACCAGGAUGGGUCGAUAUUGAUCCGGACACCCGAAUGGUCUUUGCCACAACGACUUCACGAUCAGAUCGAUCUGAUCCAGCCCACUACCUCGUUCUUCAGGGCCUCCAAGCUCACGAGUGACGCUAUGAAAGAAGGAGGCCCGAGAUCAUGGCAUAAGUCUCCAAGCAAAGGCUGGCGCAAGCCACCUAAGAAUCAUACUCAGAAGCGUUCGGACAUCAGAUCAUACCUUGAGAAGUUCCGUCCUGAAGCUGUAGGCAUUGCAGACACUUUCCAAAUCGUCAAGAUCGCGGGAGCUCAAGACAACCAAGGAGUUCUCAGUGAUGAUCAGCUUGAAGCUGGAUUGAAUUUGGAGAGUGAUAUGGAUGCUGAGUUGGCCAUGGGUAUUAGCUGGCCAACUGAUUUUAUGGCUUGGUCGACUGGUGGAAUGCCACCUUUUAUACCAGAUCUAGCUACUCCAACAGACACCAACGAGCCUUAUCUGGAAUGGAUGACAUAUGUACUAGCACAAGACACCCUGCCGCAGGUGAUCAGCAUAUCGUAUGGGAAUAGCAAACAGACCGUACCAUACUCGUAUGCGAAAAGAGUUUGCGAUGGCUUCAAACAACUUGCAGCUCGCGGUAUAUCUGUGCUGGUCUCUAGCGGCGACUAUGGUGUAGGUCCAAAUGGGACUUGCUUCUCCAACAGCAAUGUCUCCCAGUCCAGGUUCCUUCCUAUGUUCCCUGCAUCUUGUCCUUGGGUUACCAGCGUAGGCGCGACUGAGGAAUUCGAGCCUGAAGUUGCAGUAUCUCGCUUCGGCAGCGGUGCUGGCUUCUCGAACUACUUCCCUAUGCCAUCAUACCAGACGAAUGCCGUAGAUGGCUAUCUCGACAAGAUAGGAAACCUCUACGAAGGACUGUACAACUGCUCUGGAAGGGCGUAUCCAGAUGUCGCAGCACAAGGCAAUCACGAUGUCGUCGUCUGGGAAGGCAAUAUCACCACUAUUGGUGGAACAAGUGCAUCAGCACCGACUUUUGCGGCAGUCAUUGCAUUGGUCAACGAUGCACUCAUCGCAGCUGGCAAACCACCGCUUGGUUUCCUCAACCCGUGGAUCUAUAGUAGAGCGUUUGCUGCUCUCACUGAUAUCACCGAAGGGUCUUCGAUUGGCUGCAAUACAAGCGGAUUUCCUGCCGAAGUUGGUUGGGAUGCAGUGACUGGAUUUGGAACACCA